AUGUCCUGCCAGCAAAACCAACAGCAGUGCCAGCCUCCUCCCAAAUGUCCCCCAAAGUGCCUACCCCAGUACCCAGUCCCUCCAGUACCCAGUCCCUUGCCCCCCUGCUGUGGCCCCAGAUCCGGCUGCUGUAGCUCCGGGGGCUGCUGCCUGACCCACCACAGGCCCUGUCUCUUCCACCGGCGCUGGCACCAGAGCCCCGACUGCUGUGAAUGUGAGCCCUCCGGGGGCUCUGACUGCUGCCACGGCUCUGGGGGCUGCUGCUGA